AUGAACGUUGCACCAAAGUCAGAUUUCAAAUCUACCAUUUCCACAGCUGAUGGGAAAAAGAUCACAUCCAACGCCACACAUGGUGCCUUACCAGACACACUUCGUCUACAGGAAGGUGGUGCUGUCCCAAUUUCCUCUGAAUUAAAUGAUAGACAUCCAUUAGAAUCGCGUUUAAAGAACUGGGAUGUAAAUGAACACGAAAGAGCACUAGAACAAUAUCGUCAAAUAUUCGGGAUUGCUGAACCAUUAAGACGUGAAAUGGAAUUGAGUAUAGUUGAAAAGACUGAUUUUAAUCCGUUGAACUCCAAUUCUAUGCAUCGUGAUAUUCUACUUAACAAAGAUACCAGUGUGGAUUGGGAAGAUGUGUAUCCAGGGGGAAGAAUGGCAUCCGGUAUGAUGAUUGGGAAUGAUAUACAUAAUCAAAUUGAGAGGAAAACCGGUAUCUGA